AUGACAGCUUCAUCGCGUACGUCUAGUCCUAGUACUAGUACUAGUACUACUAGUUGUAGUCGUCAUGAGAGUAAUGUUGAAAAAAAUACAGUACGCACUUUAUCUGCCGUUACACCCGUUAAAAAAUCAAAUUACAUUUCUAACAAACAAAGAUCCAUGGUAGAAAGUUUUGUAGACGUAAUGAAAGUAGAAGAACAUCAACAACUGACAGCCUUAUUUGCAAAGGCAGUGUUUACUAGUAAUACACCACUAUCAAUUACAGAAAACAGAAACUGGAAACUAUUCUUUAAAAGACUGAGACCCUCCUUUACGUUACCUGGGCGAUAUCUGUUAUCACAUCGUCUACUUGACGAAGAAUUUGAGAGAGUACAAAUUCAUGUGGAGGAAACUUUGAACAUUUCAGAAAAUUUGGCCCUUCAGUGUGAUGGGUGGUCAAAUUUAAGAAACGAAAGUGUCAUUAACGUUAUCAUCACAACCCCGCGCCCUUUAUUUGUCAAGUCUGUUUUAAGUGGCACUGCAAGUCAUACUGCUACCUAUUUAGAAGGUAUCAUGUUAGAGAUAAUCGAGAAAUAUGGGUCACAUAAAUUUAGCGCAAUAGUUGCCGACAAUGCCGCUAAUAUGCGUAAAGCAGCACGUAACAUACAAGAGAAAUAUCCCCAUAUUGUGUCAUAUGGUUGUAUGGCACACACUCUUCAUUUGAUGUGCUCAGAUAUAUUGCGAGUAGAAUCUGUUGAGCAGAUCAUUGUGUCUGUUAAGAAUAUUGUUAAGACCAUAAUGUCCAGUCAGAUAUUGCGAGCAAAACUAGAAGAAAUAAAAAAGGACAUGAAACUUACAACUUCGUUAAGUAUGCCUGUCAAAACAAGGUGGGGUUCACAUGUUAAAUCAAUGGAAGAUCUCGUUAAGUGCAAAUUUGCCUUGCAAAGACUUAGAUUUUUGGGUCAGUGUGGAGGUGUAAUAAACCUUUUAAAGCCCAUAACACAAAGUAUAACACUUCUGGAAGGUGAUAGUCCUUCUAUUCAUUUAGUGUGCAAAUCCUUCAAUGCAAUAAAUUUAGAAUUUGAUUCUAAUUUACAACUGCUAAAAUUACAAGAAACGGAGAGGAAUAACAUAUUACAAAAAUUUUCAGAAAGGCAGCAGUAUGCAAUGCAACCUGUCCACAUGGCUGCUGAUCUGUUAAAUCCUCACUCUGUUGGCUCAUACUUGUCAAGUGAACAAAAAAUGCGUGCUAUGAAGUUUAUUAAUGGUUUGGCAAAAGACAUGAUGUUGCCAACUGCAAUAGCAGAAUUAGGUCACUACAUGGGCAAACUCCAUUUCUUUGCAGAGAAUUUUUUGUGGGAAGUACUACCUACGGUUGAUGCAAUAACUUGGUGGAAAGGUUAUUGUGGAGAUCUCUCACUUUCAAAAUUAGCUGUACGGAUUCUCACAAUGCCAUGUACAUCAGCUGCCACCGAAAGAAGCUUUAGCACUCAAAGUUUAAUUCACACAAACAGAAGAAAUAGGUUAACAAGCAAAAGAGCUAUAAAACUAAAUUAUAUUCAGCACAACAGUAAAUUGUUUAGUUCUCAAGAACCUACGACGGUUCAGGAUGACAGAAACUUCCAGCAUCAGCAAUCAAAUAUUAAUAACCCUGAAGCACCACCUACUAGCAGUUCCAAAGAAAAGUACUCACGAAAAUCAUUCUCAACCAAUCAAGUUUGUUCAGAGAGUUCUGAUUCUGACUCUAAUAUUUCGUGGACGUCGGAUAUAGAAGGAAAUGGAAACUCUGACGAUGACUUUAGUUACAAUGAUACCCCGUCUGAUGCAGAAGAGGAGCAUAUUGAUGAAACUCCCCAAACCAAAGGACAGAAACGCAAACGCGAUACUACUUGUCUACUUAGUGCAAGUCAUAUUGCUGGUUCCGACAGUAAAGAUGAUUCAUUAGAAGUACUGAACUGCAGUAUACAUAAUGCAGAUGAGUCCGUAUAUGAUCCUGAUCCCCAAGAAUCCCUACUCGAAUCUGAUCUUCAGUCAAUAAGCUGUAAGUCGUUUUACAAAGAAACAAUACCGAUAACACGCAGAAAGUAGCGUAAAGUACAAGUACAAGUGAUUCAACCAUUUUAGUUAAUUAAAGAAGACUGUGAAUUUCUUUUUUAUUAGUUUGAUAAGUAGUUCAUUUGUUUCGUGCUAUAGCAUAAGUUUAUGUCUAUUAUACAAUGUUACUUUGGGUUAGGAGUUUAAGUUUUUAGUUUUUCUUAUGUUGAUUUACAAUAUACCUACUUCUAAACGUAUUACCCAUGAGUCUUUUCCAGCAAAGUAUCAAACAUCCACACUACACAAUAAAAUAUCUUCCAAAACUCGUAUAUUUCAUAAAUUUCAUAAAUUACAGACAAAACUGUAAGUUACGUCA